AUGCCUAAGUGUCUUCAAAAGUUACUUCAGUCAGCAUCAAAACAUUUUGGUUCUUGCACCCACGAAAGACAACACGAAAGCCCUAGCGAUCGCAGACUCAAUCAAGCUCAAAUAGCUCGAACUCCCAUCGACUCAGAAGUGAGACUAGAGACGACCGAAAGCAUGCGUCCACUUCCGACAACUACGAAAAGAAAACGUGGCUUUGGAAAUAGAAGGUUCAUGCUCGAGAAUGGGGAUCACUGCCACUUCCUGAAAACGCCAUCGUCGAAAAGACGGUUUCUUAAAAAAGAUCGAAACGCGAGCUGGAUAUCCUUCAAAAAAAAAAAUAAAGCCUGCUCGCAACCGUCGGCGGAUUUGGAAUGGGAGCAAUGGACCGCGAGUCAACAAACCGGCAUCGUGGCUGGUGAAAACAUGGCAAUCCUAGCGCAGAAAUAUGGGGAUAUAUGCGAUAUCGUGGGUCACGGCUCAUCUGGAAUCAUCCUCUUGUCGCACAAAGCCCAAGAGUGGAACCCGAAUAUUCAUCGCUUUUACGCGCUCAAAGUCUUCCGCCGCGGAGCAGAAUUAACUGAAACAGCUUAUCGGAGGCGCGUUGAGUCCGAGUUUGACAUAUCCUCUUCAUUGCAACAUCAAAAUAUUGUUCGGACGUUUGAAUUGCUUCGAAUAGGUAAUGACAGUUUUUGCGAAUGCUUGGAGUAUUGCUCCGGUGGGGAUCUUCAUUCAUUGCUAGUUACAUCCGGUCAGUUGGAAGAGGGAGAGGCCGACUGCUUCUUUAAACAGCUCAUGCGUGGCGUCAACUAUAUCCAUGAGAUGGGAAUUGCUCAUCGCGACUUGAAGCCCGAGAAUCUUCUUCUCAGCCCCAAUGGUUGCCUCAAGAUUUCCGAUUUUGGGAGCGCUCAAUGUUUCCGCCUUGGUUGGGAGCCCCAUAUACAUAUGUCCAGGACACAUGGCGGAUCACGCCCUUUUGUAUCGCCGGAACAAUAUUUUUGCGAGGAAUUUGAUCCUCGAUCAGUCGACAUUUGGGCUGCAGCUAUAACCUACGUUGUGAUGAGAACAGGUAGGAUUCCAUGGAAGAUAGCGACCGAUCAAGAUGAGUAUUUUCGAGACUACGUCGCAGACCGUAUGGUUGAAAAAGGGUACUUCUUUAUUGAGGAAAUAUGCAAUGUAGCAAGCCGACGAGUGAUAUAUUCGAUGCUGGAUAUUGACUACGUGCGCCGGCCUCUAUCAUCUGAAAUUCUUGGUUCUCGAUGGCUACAAGAGACUAAAACCUGUACAACCGCUGAAUCAAGACCACUUUAG